AUGCACCAACCGCCACCCAACUCGGCCACAGCCCCCAACGCGCCGCCGCAAAUCAGCGUGAAUGGGACCCACCUGCAAGUGGUGGAGAACUUCCCGUACCUGGGCAGUACUCUCUCCCGCAACACCAAGAUCGACGACGAAGUCACCAACAGGAUCUCGAAAGCCAGUCAAGCCUUCGGUCGUCUCCAAAGCACAGUUUGGAAUCGUCAUGGUCUCCAACUGAGCACGAAGCUGAAGAUAUACAAGGCCGUCAUCCUGCCGACGCUACUGUAUGGAGCGGAGACUUGGACGGUGUACGCAAAGCAGGCACGUCGUCUGAACCACUUCCACCUCAGUUGUCUUCGUCGCACCCUGAGGCUGAAGUGGCAGGAUCGAAUCCCCGACACUGAUGUGCUGGAACGGACGGGAAUCCUCAGCAUCUACGCCAUACUGAGGCAAAUUCAGCUGCGCUGGAGCGGCCACCUGGUGCGCAUGGACGACGAGCGACUACCCAAACGACUCUUCUACGGAGACGUCGCGACGGGUUCUCGCCGUCAAGGAGGCCCAAUUCGUCGAUACAAGGAUACCCUGAAGUCCUCCCUGAAAUGCCUGCAAAUCAACCCCACCAACUGGGAGGAGCUCGCACUCGAUCGACCGACCUGGAGGAGGACAGUGAAGACAGGCGCUGCGAUCUACGAAGCCAACCGCAUCGCUGCCGCCAAAGCGAAACGUGAAGCCCGCAAAUCACAACUUCGCCCAGUAAGCAACGCCGCCGCACAACCGCUUCCAACGUGUCCUCGAUGUCAACGGACAUUCCGGGCUCGAAUCGGACUUUUGGACAUCUUCGGAUUAACUGCGCCUCUCGAACGGCACCAACCAUCGUCCCCCCGCCUGCCUCUCCCUCCUCCUCUCCGCCGCCAACUAACCCACCACUUCCAUCAUCCUCCUCAUCCUCCUCCUCCUCCUCCUCGCCCACUGCUCCAACGGCGGCCUCUCAGGCGACUGUCCCACGCACAGCAACCGACACUACCACCACCUUCCCCGACUCCAGGGAUGAGGAUCAGGACUACACCUGCCCUCACUGCGACCGUACUUUCACCUCACACAUCGGCCUGGUCGGUCACUUGCGAAUCCAUCGCACAGAGACUGGCGAACCAGUGCCUGGAGCACUAACCUACACCCACCGCACUCGCCUCCACUGCCCACACUGCCCUCGCACCUUCACGCAUCGCAUGGGCCUUUUCGGCCACAUGCGCAUCCACGAGAGCGGCCUUGACCGCACUCCCGACACACCCACUACAUCCAACACAUCCACCGUGCACACCCCCACUCUUGUUCCAUCCGUCCGCGACACCACCACCGCCACCACCACCACCGCCUCCUCUGUAGCUGACACUGACACCGCCAACUUCUCAUGCCCACACUGUCCACGCACCUUCAACUCGCGCAUCGGCCUGGUCGGUCACUUGCGAAUCCAUCGCACAGAGACUGGCGAACCAGUGCCUGGAGCACCCACCUAUACCCAUCAAGCUCGUCUCAACUGCCCACACUGUCCUCGCACUUUCAGGCAUCGCAUGAGCCUAUUCGGCCACAUGCGCAUCCACGACGACCUGCGGUAGACAACCGCCGGCCACACCACACAUUCACUCACUCCCUAUCUCCUCCACCACCACCACCACCAUCACCCCACCAGAAAUCAACACUCACACACCUCAUGCACCCAACUGCCACCUCCCACGCAAGUGGGAAGUGUGCAUCUCGACUCGGUCCCCAUGCGGCUUCGGCUGCACGGGUGACUUGAGUCCGAGACUAUCCCGACACGUCAAGCGUCGUGGAUAGGAAGGUUGCUGAUUGACGCCCGCUCUCGGUUCACGCAGUUCGUCGCGUUGUGUGUGUGUGUUGUGUGGAGUGGCGGACUGGUGGGCUGGGGACGGGCUGAAACAGCACCUUUCACGGCCCACUCACGCAAGUGAGAGACACGCCGUUCAACCCCCGUUGUGUGAAAUCCUGGUGUUUGUGUGUGUAUGGGGGGCCAGGUCGUGCUGUGGCGCGCGCAGACAUGGUCAGUCGACCAUGUCAGCCACCGCGCCCAUUCCCCACUCCAGUCUUCUGACCGGCUCGGACAGCGGCUGGGGUGUGGGGAUGGGAAGGGAGAGUGAGGUCGACGACUCAGCGCACUUUCUCCUCACUAUAAACAAUCUGACGCGCUGGAAGCUAUCACGGUGCGCUGAAAGCCGUGACUUGGAAGGUUGCCAACUGACGGGGUACCUUGGACCUCCUCCUUCACUGGAGGCGGUCUGAGAGUCAGGCUGCAAUGGCUCCUUUUUAAUGUGGCCUUUAUGGCAUUCCCACCACAGUGUGGGAUCCGAGCCAGGCGUUGGCGGCACGCCCAGGUGCGGCUUCGGCCGUGCCAGCCUCCAAAGCUCUGUUGUGUUGGUUGAAAUCCUGGUUAUUGCUGUGUGGACCAGGGGGUGUGGUGGAACGCCAAGGUGAGGAUCCGUCCGAGCCAUCCACCUGCGGCCUCCCUCGUCUCCGGUCUUCUUGACUCUGUCUUGACACCGGGUCCAGGCGGGGGAGGAGGAGAGAGUGUAGGUAGAUGCUACGCAAGUCUACCGGCACUAUAAACCCCUGCGUAAGUCACCGUCCCUGAUCCCAUUGCUGCUGCAACUGUGGGGCACACGGUGGACAUCAUCGAAACCGAUGGUCGAACUGUCAGGUGUGCCUUGAAAGACCACUGGCUGGGGUAGCCUAUCAGGUCCAAAACACAUAUAACGACAUUUAGACGGAGAGAAUUCCAUUAGCCAUUUUGAGCUCCAAGCUGAGAGAGCAAGCAAGCCAGCAUGGAUUUGCUCCAGGCAAUGAAGGCUCGUAGAGUUUUUGAAAGAAUAUACACAUUUGAGAUCAUCGGCAUAAAUAAAUGAUUGAGAAUGUUUAACUGCUGCUGAAAUAUCAUUAAUGUAAAGCGAGAACAAAAGAGGACCUAAAACGGUACCUUGUGGGACACCGCUUACAAUAGGACUUUCACUGGAAAGUGAAGAUCCCACCAAAACCUUUUGUUUACGAUUAGACAGGUAUGACCUGAGCAGGUCUAUUAGUGGACUGCGAAUUCCCAUAGCUUCCAAAUUAAUCAAGAGUCUUUUAUGUGGAACUUUAUCAAAGGCUUUACUAAGAUCAAAAUAAAUAACGACAACAGAUAGGUGAUCAUUACGAAGAGAGGUAAGUAGAUCGAGAAACGACAGAUGACAUGUUUCACAAAAGCGAUCUGGUAAAAAAAACCAUGCUGGGAAGGGCUAAUAACUUGAUUGGCAAUGCAAAAUUCGGUAAUUUUUACGGCGAUAAUUUUUUCAAAGAUUUUGGCGAGAGAGGGUUUUUUAUGGACACCUCGAUAGUUCUGUACGUCAGAACGACAGCCAGACUUAAAUACUCGAAUAAUAAUAGAAGUUUUCCAAUAGUCAGGGAAGAAGCCAUUUACGAGAAAUACUGAAAAGAUUUUGCUAAGCAGAGGAGGAAAAUCUCUUAGCUGUUUUAUCAAAGAGUUUGGGAUAUUGUCCGUACCUACUGAGUGAGAGUUAGGAAGAUGGCUUAUCAGUUUUUGAAUACAUUCAGGAGAAAAAUUAAUGAAGCUAAGAGAAGCAUCAGACAACGAAGGAAUUAAAGGGAUCGGAUCAGUUUCAAUGGUGAAAUGCUUGGCAAAGAACGAAUUUAAAAUUUCUGCUUUGCCUGACUCCUCUGUAAUGAAGGCAUCGCUAGCACUAAGCAAGGGCGGAAUGACUUGGUGGGACUUAGCAGAUGAUCUCUGACGGAAGAUCUGAGCAACUGAUUUAGAAGCAUUCACGUCAUUAAUAGCUAAAGACUCUCUACGCCUAUCUCGCUCGAGCCUCAUUUUCGAAGCUAGUUCAAAUAUUUCAACGAUUCUUAGAUGAACUGAUAAUGAACUCACAGAAGGAUCUUUAAACUGCUUCCGUAACUUUUUAAGUCUGUUUUUAAGAAAGUGUGGGAUAGCGGUGGAAUUAGCACUCGGUUUGAACAUCUUCCGAGGAAUAAGGUCAAGAAGACCUUCUGUUACGCAUUGUAAUAAAUUGUUGAAAAAAUUUCGAUAAAACCCUGCAUAUUAGUCGUGCGUAUGUCUAUUUUAAAGCCAUAUUAAAUAUAUAUAGAACUAUAUUAUGUCAUAGUAAACAGUCGACCACUACUCCUAUAAUUUCUCAUUAACAAGAACAAUAUGAUACAUGAUUCAAUAGUAUUUUGACAGUUUUGAUUGUGACUUACCAUUGAAUGCUUCUUACUCCUGAUAUAUAUUCAUCUUUUCCAGCUCUUAGUCCAGACAACGAUGGUAAGCCUCCUGAAAAAUACGUAGGAACUGUGCGACCGCCCCCUUACAGCUGGCCAGAUAGACUGACAACCAGCAACUAGAGCACACCGAAAUUUACCCAACAGGAAAAUAAUUUCAAGGUCAGGCCGAUAUCAAAGUUCUUCAAUUGCCAUGAAGGACAUAUUAUUCAUGCCCCCGAAAACUACCAAACUGCAAACUUCAAUUUUUAUAUUGUACAUAUCGUUAUUUUUUGAAAAUUUUGUUAUUAUUUUCCCUUAGAACUGAGGUUUUUUCUAACUUAAAACAAACUCUCAAUUCGCGCUCUUUUGGCUAACCAGACACCCGAAGCAAAUGAAGUCAAAGUGCAGUUGAAAUUGACGAGUUUGUUUUAGGUUUUUUUCCUCAGUUCAAAGGGGACUGACAGUGUCCAAGGGGCGCUACAAUAAACCCAUUCUAUUCUAUUCUAUUAUUUGAAAAAAUAUUGUGCCGAUCAAGAGUGCAUGUAAAGUUAUUUACUAAUUCCUUGUUAACAUUAGCAAAGUCAAAAAUACUACGUUGAACUGUUGGCUUUGCGGAAACGGCAACUGGAAGACGACAAUGGAUUAAUGCAUGAUCACUUGCAAAGAGGUCAUGAUAAAAAUCCAUAGAUAAAGGGAAGGUGCCAUUAGUAAAAAUUAAGUCUAAAACACUAUCGUUUCUGGUCGAAGAGUGAACUAAUCGAGUCAGGUUUGAAAAGUAAAUUGUGUCAAGCAGCUUCUGGAAUUUAGGAGGAGAAGUAUGUGUGUGCCAGUCAAUUUCUGGCAAAUUAAAAUCGCUUACGACUAUCUUGACAUCGAAAGAAGUUUCUCAAAUUUUUCAAAGAGUUCACAGAGUUGGCUUUCAUUUCCGGAGGAACAAGGAGGAUUAUAUACACAUCCGACUAAGGCUUUUCUAUUUUGCGGAAGGAUUACCGAAGCAAAACAUAAAUUUCCAGAGAAGGAGGAAAUUUUCAAGUUAUAAGGCGAUUGUGCUCACCGUACCCGGCGUAUUACCCCAUUUAAAACAAUCUGAAGCACCCUUAAAUCAUCACGAUGCGCUCAGGGCCGUAACGGGGAAGGUCGCCACACGACAGAACAACUUGAUCCUCCACUCGGAACGGAGAGUGAAAAUGAGCCAAUUAAUUAUGGAACUAAAAAAGCGGAGGGACAACGGCGAAACACACCUAAAAAUAAGGGACGACCGAGUAGUCCAAGUCAAAGGAACAUUUCUUUGGCGAAACGCAGUUAUUCUGACAGCCUAACCAACAUAACGCUGCCCACUUUCACGACUAAUAUGAGUACCAGUGGCCGAUGUCUAAAAAUCCACUAUAUGGUCAAUCGUCUCAACAAUCCAACUGCGAGCCGCUGGUUUUAAAUUAAAAGAUAAGCGGAAGUCAUUAUUUAAAGUGAUUUUUCUAGGAGACACAGAGACUUUAAGUUUUGUUUUUUGAAUAAAGUUAUUUAAAUACAGGCCUAUUCUUUUGAAAUUAUCGGCUGCACCUUCACUUUCGGGUUUUGCCAGACUGCACCAGCUGACUAAUGGUCGCAUUUUACAAUUCGCAUUUUUGCAUUCGAACAGUCUCUAGCCGCGUAUAUUUAAUUCACAGCCUAAACCCCCUGCUGAAAUCCGGUUAUCAGAUCUGCUAGAAGAUUUAAUUAAUCGUUAACUACCUCGAAAUAAGAAAAGAGCAAAAUUCACAGGCCGGUGAAAGCUUUCGGCCUCUAUACCUAGGCAUGGCUCGAUUAAAUCCAGGUCGGAAAGCAUUAAUGGUCAUUUGGUCACCCGUUUUUACUGACAGGCAUCUUGAUCUGCCUGCGCUUUAUAAUUGCGACGAUUUUAUGCUGAAGUUUGGCGCUAUGCUCUGAAUUCUGGGGAAAUUGUUUGACGAGAAUAUUUUCAAUGUUUUGUCUCAAGAAUUCGAGCAUCUUGUCUCACUCGUUCACCUCGUUGCCAGUGAAUCAAGGAAUAGGCAAAAAGGGAUUAUAACUUCUUUGUGAAAAUUUUCCUUUCUUUGCACGGCCAGUUGGUGUUGCGGUUGAUGUCCUGUACUCGUGUGGAUGAAACUAUAAACUAGCGGAUGUCAAACGCCUGACUUCCCGUAGCAACCUAUCUACCCUUUUUAGGUAAGCUGUCUUCAACAACUGAUGUUGGUUCAAUUCAUUCCCAACGAGAGCAUCUCUCUGCGUAUCUGAAAAACAUGAAAUUUUUCGUUUAUCGAAAUCAUACCCCUAUGGAGCUUAUAAUUAGGUUCCUACUCUCACAUAAUUCAUCGUCUUUUCAGUCAAAGGCCCACCAUCUCGGUUGUAUUAAAAGUAACCGUAAGAAUUCAGUUAAUCGUAUUCCUGCGAAAUCCGUUUCCCUAUCCCAUCUUAAUCCUACACCUCCCUCCCACUAAAGCCACAUACCGUCUUCGUCUGCCUCCAAAUUAGCAGCAGCCCCAGUUAUCGUUCCUAAUCUGCCUGAAAGCCAUCCUAGAACGUACGAAAAUCCGUCCACCUCAGCUAAACCGAUAGCGUCCCCACUACCUUAAGGUACUCCGAGUUCUCCAUUAAAGUCAGCUGUAGCAGGGCAUCAGAAUGAUGUGAUCCAAAACUGGAUCCCAAUCUUACCCAAAAGAAAGGUAGCAUAACUCCAUUCAGUGGUAUUCCGCCUUAUCUUAGAUCUACUAAGCCUUUACAGCCGGAUUCGUCUGUGAAUCCCGUAGUCCCUAUUGCGCCCCCAAAUACUUCUCUGUCCUGCUCACCGGUUCCAUACCAAAGCCCUACUAUCUCUCUUGUAAAUAGCCCUUAGCUGAAUAGCCUUAAUUUGUUUAUACCCCAACCAAGUUCAGGUGUCCAACUACUUAAGGUCAAUUGUUCUCACGUAAGUCAACCCAACUCCUUUGACUUCCAUCUUGGGCUUGGUCUUCCCUCUUUUAAUUUUUCUAACUGUCUACCCUCCUCCGCAAGUCUCAACCUUUAUCCUAGGCUCCCUCCUCCUAAUGCUCCACCUCUUCCCCAAAGUCAUCUACGAACAAGUCUACCUCUGUUCUAACAUGCCUAAUAUUCCAGCGUCUGAAUACUCUGCCCCUACGUCCUUUAGGUCUCCCGCUCAGUCUUUUCUUGCAGACUAACCCUUUGUUAAUAAUUCUGAACUCACUGAUAUUUAUUUCCCGAAUAACCACAAUUUACAGCUUACAUAUUCAUCUCCAAUUUUUUUAGAAUACUGUCAAUAACAGCCAUAUUGAUCGAAACACAUUGAAUCUCAUAUUAUUUAAUGCCAUGUCUGUGUUAAUUAAGACGGCCCUGGUCGGAGGACUACGUUUUCUAUAAAUGCCGUUGUUAACUUUGAAAAGGCUACUGCUGUAAGCCGUUCGAUCUCCUCGACUAGCUGGUUAAUCGAUUCGCCGGGCACAAGACGUCGUUUGUGUGAGUGGUGGAUGGCUUCUCCUAGCGUAUGUGUGUGUGUGCCCGAACACAUUUCCGAACCGUUGGCAAAGGGUGUCGAAUAGCAUUUCAUCGUGUAGUUCAUCGCCCAGCGCUUUGUCUAAUUGCUUAGGCGCGAGGGCCUUAAGCAGGGUACGAAAUUUAUUGUUCGUCGUAACCUCUUAAAGGUAGAACUUGGCUCUCCGGAGCCAAACAGAGAACGCUUCCUUGACGUAAUACAGCGGCAUGGGGACAGUGUGUGUUGAUGGAUCGUAAGCAUCUGUGGGAUGUAAUGACGAUGGGUAGGGUCGGUGUGCUGCCACCACUAUUGUAGACGAGCCGCUCACCUGCCCUGCCCCCUUUGUUGUAUCAACCUCCGUGGUUGAUCCUCCUUCUAAGAUAGAAUUUUACCCAGAUCUGUGCGCCAAUCCUGUAUUGUGCCGGUUGUCAGCGUCACUCAGGCCAGCGCAGCAUUCACUAGGAGAAGAACUGUCCGGAUACAAGAAAUUCAUAUCGUAAGAUAGAGGAUAGGAGUCUAGAGAACAUACAGUCCCAACAAAGUUUGUGGGUAACGUGUGGCCAAAAGGGAUUAUUGAAUACUUUCCUAUUGUAGGUCAGGGGGAUAAAGUAUAUCCACUGGAGCCGUCCUCUCAAGCACGCUUGGAUCCCCGUUCUGGUGUGUAAGACAAAGAAGAUGACACGUCGGAAGCUCGGCACUGCAAAUCGGCCUCUCUUUUAUCUCGACUUCCCACCAAAUACGAAAUUGUCCGCCACUACAAUGUAUAUCGACUCGAUAUCCGUCUGCUACUAUGGAUACGAUGACGGGCCGCCUCAUCUUCCCCAUGUUGCGAAUCUGCAAAGGAAACACCCACGAACAUAAGGCUCUAUCCAAGUGGGGGAGAGAGGCAUACUCGAAAGUCAUUGUAAAAGUGCAUUGUUUAAAAUGGCUGAAAUUUUGCUGUUUAUUUCCAUAUUAAGAUGAAAACUUGGUAAGUUUUGUAAAACACCAAUAUUGCAAUAAUGCAAAAGUAUGUAUGAUACAGGUACCUUAUGGAUCACAUUAGGAAUAGACUCACUGUUUGUGUUGGAUUUAAUACUGCGUUUAAGUAAGCGUUCAUAUGCCCGUUUAAAGGCACUUUUAAUGGCAUCUCGGUAGGCCGUACUUCAUGCUUAAUCAUGUCUAAUUUUAGAGUUGCGAAAAUUCCCAUCGCGGUAAUUAGAAGACGAGGUGGCAAGCGUACGUUGCUUUCUAUAAAUUCUCGUCGGGCCAGUACAGUUAUAUGAGAACGGGGUAGAAGUAAAAACAUGUCAUCGAUAAGAGAAAUCGAUAAAAGCUCUCCUUAAAACAUAGGCGAGGUGUGGGAAUGUGGGGAAGGGGUGUAAAACCAUUCAGUGUCAGGGACGGGGGGAGAGCGGGAGGGCGCGGAGUGUUUCAGCGUUAGUCGACCUUCGAUCACUGUAGGCGCGGAACCUGAACGUCGUUCUUCUGUGCGCAUAAGAUUGGCUUUCGUAGCCGAAUGGCGGCCGCUUCCGAUGUCGCUAACAGGCGCUGGCCUAGUAGCUUAGGGUAGCUCGACGGGACCUUAUAAAUUACACGAAAAGCUUUGUUUGAGUCCACACGAUGUCCGCAAUCGACAACAUGCGCGAGAAUGGCGCUGCUUAUGCCGGUAACACCUCCCGGCAUGACUGGGAAAAGGCUAAACGAGGAGCAUAAGCAGUGCCAUUCUCGCGCAUGUUGUCCUCCCUGACACUGACUGAUUCUAUCCCCUUCCCCACAUUCCCACACCCCGCCUGUGUUUUAGGGAGAGCUUUUAUGGAUUUUUCUUAUCGCUGACAUGUUUUUACGUCUACCCCGUUCCCAUAUAACUGCACUGGCCCGUUGAGAAUUUAUCGAAAACAACGUAUGCUUGCCACCUCGUCUUCUAAUUACCGCCAUGUUAAUUUUCGCAACUCUAAAAUUAGACAUGAUUAACCAUGAAGUACGGCCUACCGACAAUCGUGCGAAACCUUCAGUGAAGACUAUUACAGAACAUCCAAAUGAUGACUAAACGGGGGCUUUCGGUAUUUACGUGAAAGGAGCGAAUCUAAACAAUUAGAUGUGUGCGGUAUGUUAAACAUGUGGCCGCAUCAUAGGUGACGAAUCUUCGUGCCCUGUUAUAGUGGGUGGAAUCUCCAGUGCCAAUUACUUAUUUCUUAGCGCGUCGUCUAUUGCUUAACCACUGCGUCCCAAUGCCUUGGAAAAAAAUUUGGUUGCCCACCGUUGGAAGCCCAAGCCGACGGGGUCGUAGUGAUGACGUCUACUGGCAACUUAUAAGUCGAUUGGCGGAUAGACGUAUAAGGACAGCUUGGACCGUGUUGUAUUCACUCUCGACCUUCAGCACAUCUUUUCAGGAUUCCAUCGACGGAAAUCCAAUCUUUCCAGACCGACCCAUAGCCAAUUAACUAUAUUAGUCGUCUUAAAACCCCCUACUGACUGCUGUUGUUACACCGUUCUGUUGUAACUCGCAUUCCAUUGUGACUAUACACCUCACUGUCAGUUAGAACCCCUCAUCUUUCUCUAGGAAGUGGGCUGGUCGACUUGAAAUGGCGCUCGUAUGCUAGCUUUGAGAUUAUCCGUCAGUUAUACGCCGACCAGUGACUGGCUGAUACGCAUCACUAGACCAUCUACUGGGUAAAGUAUGUGGUCUUCCUUAGACAAGGAGGGGAGGACGAGUUCAGUGGACAAUGCUGUCUAGUUGGUCGCUCGGCUACUUUGAUUUCGUCCACCUGAAGACUUCUUUUUCCCGUGCAAGUGCGUCAUUCUCAUAUUGUCCUCUUCGCACUUCCGCAACAAAUUCCUUGCGACCCGUUUCCUUCUUGAUGCCUUCCAGCGUGUGCUACUUCCUCAUAUUUUAUUUUUAGAGAGCCAAAUACAACUUUUCUGGGUCGAUGAUCAAACUGUGUAACGCGUAUGAUGGGAUGACAGUGUGCUAUCCUUUAUUGCUCCUCAAGGGCAGCGUUGGGGGCUGCUGCAAUUGCAGUCGAAUAACUGUAAGAAUUUCAGAUCCGAUACCCAACAGUUUCGUGAUUAAAUCUACUUUGUCAGCCCGACAUUUUAAAGCCCUCAUGCCCCUCCUUCACGGUAUGAACGAGUUAACUGUGGCCUGCUCUCACCAUUCUAUCUCUCUACAUCUGCAUUACUUGAAGACCGCCGGUGUUCCAUAUGUCAGACCUGUUUACAUGACAUUUGCCGGUGAUGGCGGAAAAUUUCAAGCGCCAGCCGAUGUAGACUGUUCACCCCUCAGUGCAUGCAAACGUAUCGGCUUGGCUGUACGGCUCUUGCAGUCUAUACUCGCCGAGUCGAUUUACGCGGAAGUGGGAAUAAGACGAACGUUUACAUGUGCCGAAGAUGAAGUUAAACCUGGAACUCCCUCGCCAACUAUUCCAGCCUCCGCAUCAUGUGCUGCGGUUUGGUGCAUAGAGUCAUCUCUUUCUCUCAGCCAAUGCCUUGAACUACCUCCCAAGGAACUUUGGGCCAGAGUGGCUCAUGAUUUGAUCAGAAAAUUUCCACAUGAUCUGCCAAAUGCCAAGUGGCUGGUCGUCCUCAGUUGUGCCAGGUAUAAGCCUCUGGAGGCAUCGGAACCGACACCCUUCACACACGAAGAAAUUAUUCAUCAUUCUUCGGGUCAUUGUGCGUUAGGUAUGUUGGCAAAUCAAACAGUCACAACUAUCAUGUCUUCUAUGAGAUUAAAAUGUUCUAUUGUUGCUACUAAGUGUCGCAGUGUAUUUCAGAAUGAUGCCUUUGCAAAAGAAUAGUCAUUCCAUAAAUUUCUUCCCCCCAUACCACCCUAUUGUGGUUACCGGUGCAGCGGCGGUAUCUCGAUUCUUUAGUGUCUACGAAGCCGUUGAAAUUAUUCCGGUGUCACCACCACAGUGAUCAGCUGAGAGCUCGACAGAUGGUCACAGCAGGUCGGUUGUUAUGCUUUAGGCGCUCGAGUUUGAGACAACUGUUACCAGAAGGCCGGGACCAGAAACCUAAUUCAGUUGUUUCGAGCUAACAGGCAAUUUUCCCUGUCCCACUUAGUGACAUAUUGUGAGUUUCAUUUAUUUCAUCCACAUCGCUUCCCAACCACUAGAACCGCUUUUGAUGAACCGAUGCCCUCUCGUCUGUUUUUGUGGUUUCCAAAUAAGCCAGCUAACACAAUUACUCUUGUUCCUCGGUGAUCCGGGAUUUGUAGUUAGUACGCGUCGCCUCGUGGCAGUCAGGUAUAUGAUCAGCAUAGCAACACUAUCCUGAUGUAACCGCUUUAACCUCGGCCUUUAUAUAUCAAGCUAACCGUGUCAAUGCACAGGACGGCACAAUCCGCUGUAAGUCGUACUUCUAGAAAGGCAGUAGACCUUUAUAAUCUACGCCUCUUUAUAACAUAAGUCUCACCGCUGAGUCAGAGGUGGCCCGUUUCACCUUCGAAUACUAUUGUUAUUAACGAAAGGAUCUUUCAUGUUGCUACCGGCUGGCUAUCUAUACGAGAAUACUGCAAAAUGCCUGCCGUCUAAUCAUGACCUGGGUCAGCAGUUGCAAAAGCACGGGCGUUCAGGUACAUUCUAAUCGGUCACUUAUCGUUCCAUUGUCCGUUCUUUCCAUGGGGCUUUUGCAUGCCUGGACAGUCAGCUUGCUGUAUCAGAUUUGGUGGAUCCCAGACGUUGCAGUAGGUUGGGCGAGUAAAUUGAUCCAAAUGUGGUCAAACUCACGUCUGCCGAUGGGGCCUUGCAGCUCACGCGGUCAGAGCGUUGGCCUUACACAAGCCUUGCCCUCACAGUCAUGUGUUCGAAUCCCACCGAUGCGCUGAGUUUUCCACAGUUUGGUCAAAGUGAAAUGUACUGGACAAAAUUAUAGUAACCUGAACGGUAUGUUAUGAGUACACUCAGUUUUUCAGUGAGAAUAACUUGCAGGUCUCAACACUGUUUUGUCGUGGCCGAUCGUGUUUUGCUCCUAUGCGUGUUGGGGUUUGAAACAAUAGUCGAGCACGCAUACAUUAUUAAUAAGUACCUGAUCAGGCCAUAAUGCGCUUAAUACAGGAAAACCUGGUGCUCGCCAAUUGACGUGGGAAUAGCCCUCUGUCGGUUGGGUCUUUUGCUUCCGGCAGGGGGCGUGCAUGAGCGAUCGACAUAUUAACGUUCCAGCGACCCUUGGAAACUGCCAUUACUACAAACGUUCUGCAAUUGUAGUCAUCUUAGGCCCUAAAUUGGGCUUCAGCCCAGUUUUUUGAAGGCUGGGCUUUGCUUUUCUAGCAAGUCUUCCUCCACUGUUCACAGUAUUGCGGCUCCCCGUCCCUUUUCGACUUGUUCUCAUGGUACUCUAAAAAAAUGACCGCUAAGCACUUAAGCUGCUAACCCCGACGCUAGUUCUUCAAAGUAAUAACGAUAAAUGUAAACAGACUAUAUUAGCGACAGAUCCGUGAGUCUUUAGUUCCCGAUCAGCCUUCAAUGUAAGUCGUUUCGUUAUCUGACAGUCGGCAAUCGUUACCGGCUAUGUUCACUGUGUGUUCUACAGCAUAGUAAGUGCAAGGACGGGGACUCGCGCUACAUAAAACCGCACUAUCCUCCCCCAUCCGCCUGGGUCCGGUGUCAAGACAGAGCCGAGAAGACUGGAGGCAGGAUCGGGCGCGGUGGUUGACCAAGCUAAACCGCCCGUCUGGGUGUGCCACACAUGACCUGCCCCCCAUUAUUCACACAAAUGGGGUUGACGGCUCAGACUUCAGAUGUGUGGGAGCGCCAUAGAAGUCACAACUGAACCUGACUCUCAGUCCACCAGCCAGCUGCUCCACACAAACACACACUGGGCUGACUGCGAGGUCUGAGUGGAGUCGUUAGUUGGUAACCUUUCAAGCCAUGACUUUUUAGUGCGUCAUGAGAGAUCUAAGCGUCAGAUUAUAAUGGGGAGGAAUGCGCUGAAGUGUCAUGAGGAUGUAAUCUCCGGAGUCGACCUCGCUCUCCUUUCCCUAUUCCUUGCACCAAACGAUUGUCAGUGCCGCUCUACCAACUGAUGCUUAGAUCGGGCGCAAUGAUUGACAGAGCUAGGCGGUCUGUCUACGCGUGCGACACACGGCUACAGACUCGCAAAAAGGGGCGAACCGCUGUAAUUGUACAUUCCUUAGAGUGCCAUAGAGGCCAUAUGGAGAGGGAGGUAAAGAACGCGCUUCCGUCCUUGUGGUGACUGGUAUGAGGUGGGUUCGUGUAUGUUGUAUAGACAGGUGGGAAAUGCAUGCUGAUGCGGUUUGGCCUGCGGUAGUUUACUGCAGACUAUCAUGGAGGUGUAUGUGACCGAGUAGGCCCAUGUGAUUGUUGAAUGUGCCGUGGGCAGUGCGGACAGUUGAGGCGACGGCGACGGAUCUAUGUUAGCGCUCCUGGCACUGGUUCGCCAGUCUCUGUGUAAUGGAUUCGCAAGUGGCUGACUAGGCCGGUGCGUGCUGUGCAUAUGUGAUGAAAGCAUAGGGAAGAUAGAUUGGGAGUUGCCUAGUUGGUUACAAUGUUGAUACUACCAGUGUUGACGACGGUGGUGGAGGGGGAGUUGACAAUGCUGGAGGUGGGAGAGUUGUCGGAUGUGCACGGUGCGUUUGUCAUGUUGAUGUUGAAGUGAAUUUCACUGUCGCGGAUACGCAUGUGGCUGAGUAGGCCCAUACGGUGCGUGAAUGUGCGUCGAUAGUUGAGUGGGAUGUGACGGGUGGAGGUCGGAGCUCCAGUUUGCUGGUCACAUUGCGAUGGAUUCGCAAGUGACUGGUCAUGCCGAUGCGUGAAGUUUCGAUCGCAAAAAGGACAAGUUGGGACCGAGUCCUCAUUGCCGGUGUUGAGGGUAGUCGUUGACGGAGCGUUAGCAGGGUUCUCAUCGACGGCAGGAGUGAUACCGGUGGGGGCAGUCGUCGCGGGACAAUGGGGGUGCUUGCGGAGGCAGCAGGUGUUGUCGGGCUGUUACAUUGGAUCCGGAGAUGCACGACAAGGCCGAUUCCUGCGCGGAGUGUUCGUUGGCAAUGUGGACAUGUUUGAAGGAGUCGGAUGUUGAAGGUCAAAGACGCUUGAGAUUCGCGAACGGUGGCCCGUUUAGCUUCGUUGAUUUGUCUUUACUACUCUUCUCCAAGCCGAUCGGUCCAGGGCGAGGUCUCAGUAUGUCAAGACGUGCAGGAUUGCCCGUAGGAGGGCUAACUGACUGGCUUCAUCUUCCCAAGCGACUGCUGACUAUGAUCGAGGACAGUACGACACCAACCCCUUUGCUAGUGCUAUCCUGUUUUCUCGUGGUCUGUCGAAGUCAUCAAUAUUCUAGGACUGCGUUGUCGUCUACUUUAAAAGCAACCAUGAACUUAUUUAAUUUUUCAACAGACUACAUUUCGUGGUUCUUAUUGACUAUCUGAUAUCUAGAGAGCGCCUGAAAAAUGACUCACGCGGACCCUAUUCUAUACAAGAGAGUAUUGAACAUCUUCGGGGACUUCGCCAUUGAAAGGAAAUGGGCGUCUACGGAAAAUGAUCCAACCCUGCGCCCAAGUUAAUGACCACUUCGUUCAACUUUUUUCACCACUUACUGGGCUAAUCGUCCAUAAGUUUUUCCAUUUCGGAGGAUAUGAAAGCCUGGACUAUAUGUACUUUAUUCGUUACUCACCAUUAUCGGUUGACUGAUACACAUAAGAGGUGGUCAUUAUCGCCGCAUCGUUUCCCAGCCUGACGUCUGGCAACGUGCUUGGCUGCUGUGAAGUAAGUGCUACUUGGAAUUUCACGUUACUACGAAUUAUUGAGAACGACGACGAUCUUCCACUAAAGUUAAAUGCGCCGUGUGCUUGGCUUUAUUCACAUGACAGAAACUGGUUGACCUUGUAUUUACUCAGUAGGAAGUGUAAUCUACAGCGACAGAAACCAAUUAGUAGUAAUGGUACUGUAGCAUGGAAGCCUAGCAGUCAGUCGCCACCGCCGCCGUAAAUAACGCAGAUUUAUUCGCCACCUGCUUUCCUCCUAGGAGCUGGUGGCCUCGCACUUUUCGGGCCCGGCACACUCUACAUCUGGCCAGAAUGCUUGGACGAUUUGGCAGCAGUUCUGACUGACACACGGCAGGUCGAUCGUCGGCGCUUUAUGGAUGACAGUGCUCACCGGUACGCCUAAAAUUACUUUACCACGGCUUAUGGGGUUGUUUCCUUAAGUGAGCCUUUUUCUUCUAUCUUUCCUCUCAAAGUUGGACAUUUUGGGCCAACUACGCCACUAGCCUUGGCACAAUGUUGCACGAACUUGGGCACUGUUUCGAUCUCGAUCACACUCCAGAGGGCAUCAUGCGCAGGGGUGGUGAUGAUGUAAAUCUUGUCCUUGCCUUUCCUCCGCCCGACAAUCCGACUACUGCCCAACUCGCUGAGGUCAGUGUUCUUCACAGCGUUUGAAGCAGAGAAUCCCUUGCCCAUUUCCUGACCUGAUCAGUCUCCAUUUAGCCGCUGACUCCCCCCGCUGCCAGGUUAUCGGCGUUUCAGUGCUUGAGGCGGACCUUUUACGAGGUGGUUGCCAGCCACCCAAUAGACCGUCUCCCGAAGGACUCCGAAGUAAGGACCAUUGACUGUGAUUCAGUCUGGCAGCACGGCAAAGCCUUCUGGAGCCGGCCGGUUGCUGAAUUUCUCACGCAUCACAGGUAAGGAAAGGAGACUCCAACGUCUCCGUUAUGAUUCACCCGUUCGCAUCCGCCUCCACUCACGCCUUGAGGGCCUUUCACCCAGGUGGCUCCUUCCAACGCCGCCUAAUUCGACCAUGCCUACAACCGUCAUCAGUGGCAUCGACUUUUGUAGGUCAGUCUACUAAUCACAUAUUCAAUUAUUGAGUCUCUUAAAGUUAAGUAUAUUCUAUUUUCGUGUCCACUCCCCCCUGUCCUGUAAAUUACACUGGCGUAUUCAGGCAUCUCGAGGCCAGUCACGGGAUUCGGGUAGUGCAAAUCCGACUACUUACCUCCUGCUCGCUGACGAAAGCGCGUAUUUGGAACAAUUCGCAGUCUCCUAACGCUACAAAGAUUAACCUACCGCUAGAAGGAGAGGAGCUCUUACAGGGCUGCAUCGUCUAUCACCGAGUCUGGAAGUCGCGGCCGCCGCGCACAAUCGCCAUAGCUCCUAUUGUCAAACAGAUUUUUGCAAUACUGCACGUCCCCUCCCUGAAAGUGGUCAUCUUGGACGGGACCGGCCAAGUUUUCAAGACAACUCUUACGCCGGAUUUCUCAAAGACCAGCUCUGAUUCAGAGUGCCGGACCGAUAAUGCCUUGCGCUAA